UUAUACAACUUCCUUUAUUAUAUCUUUAAUUUCCUGCUUUCCCCUCCCCAGAUGCAGACCAUAAAGUGUGUGGUGGUGGGAGACGGUGCAGUGGGGAAAACCUGCCUGCUCAUCUCUUAUACAACCAACAAGUUUCCCUCUGAAUACGUGCCCACGGUUUUUGACAACUAUGCUGUGACAGUGAUGAUCGGCGGGGAACCCUACACUCUAGGCCUUUUUGACACUGCAGGUCAGGAGGACUACGACAGACUGCGGCCGCUUAGCUACCCUCAGACAGACGUGUUCCUCGUCUGUUUCUCCGUAGUAUCUCCUUCAUCCUUUGAGAACGUCAGAGAAAAGUGGGUGCCAGAGAUCUCUCAUCACUGUCCACGGACGCCCUUCCUGCUGGUGGGGACUCAGGUGGAUCUGAGAGACGACUCCAACACUCUGGAGAAGCUGGCGAAGAACAAGCAGCGAGCUCUGGCCUGUGAGAGCGGGGAGAAACUGGCUCGGGAGCUCAAAGCCGUCAAAUACGUGGAGUGCUCAGCUCUCACUCAGGUAUGGCGGGAAGUCGCAGCUUUAGCGUUGAGACAGUUUUAUUAAGAAAUGCACGUGUAU